GACGUCCUCGUCCUCGCGCGCGGAGGAGGCGGAGCCAGAGGAGGCGGGGCCAGCGGCAGCAGCUUGAAGCAGAACCUGCGGGCCUCAGGCGGACAAGACCAACGGAGCGCCAGGCUAGCAAGAAUUUAGCCGAGAAAUAGCAUCGCCACCACGGAUUUUUUAUGGGAUAAACGCACGGGGCUCGCUGCUAAAACGAUGCCUUACACAAGACGGUAUUCGUCUUCUGACAGAGACAGUCGAACCAGCUACCCAGACCGCUACAGAGACCGAGGACGGAGACAACGGUACAGAAGAUCACCCACCUACUCGUCCAGCAGUGACCGGGAGCGUGACAGAAGGGGGCGGGGACACAGACCCAACGGAAGCUAUGGGAGAACCAGAAGUCGCAGCUACGACAAUCGCUCCAUGGAGCACCGACCGUACGACCGACGAUACUGUGAAGGAUACAGACGCCUCGACCCAAACCGAGAUCAAGACCGGGACCGGGAGCCCCACGGUGCGGCCGAGAGCUAUUAUCCACGGGAAUUCUCUCCGAACCUGUACGACUACCGGCGCGGCCGAGAGAAAGAGCGGGAGCGGUCCUACCAGAGAAAAGGCAGCAGGCGUAAGCACAAACGAAGGCGGCGUAAAACCAGGUCCUAUAGCCAAUCCUCCUCGCGGAGCAACAGCCGGACGCGGGCACUGAGUGUGAGGGACGACGAGGAAGGGCACCUGAUCUGUCGGAGUGGGGACGUCCUGCAAGAGAGAUAUGAGAUCGUCAGCACUUUGGGGGAGGGAACGUUCGGGAGGGUGAUGAAAUGCGUCGACCAUCGAAGGGGAGGAGUCAGCGUCGCUCUGAAAAUUAUCAAGAAUGUAGAGAAAUAUAAGGAAGCGGCUCGUCUGGAGAUCAACGUGUUGGAGAAGAUCAACGAAAAAGAUCCGGAUAACAAAUUCUUGUGCGUACAGAUGUACGACUGGUUCGACUAUCACGGCCACAUGUGUCUGUCCUUCGAGCUGCUGGCUCUCAGCACCUUUGACUUCCUGAAGGAGAACAACUACCUGCCCUACUCCAUCGGUCAAGUCAGACACAUGGCCUACCAGAUCUGCCUCGCUGUGAAGUUUCUCCAUGACAGUAAGCUGACGCACACGGACCUGAAGCCGGAGAACAUCCUGUUUGUGAACUCUGACUUCACCAUGUCCUACAACGUGGAGAAGAAACGGGAAGAGCGGACCGUGAAGAACACGUCCGUCCGAGUGGUGGACUUCGGCAGCGCCACGUUUGACCACGAGCACCACAGCACCAUCGUGUCCACGCGGCAUUACCGAGCUCCUGAAGUCAUUCUAGAGCUGGGCUGGAGUCACCCGUGUGACGUGUGGAGCAUCGGCUGCAUCCUGUUCGAGUACUACUUAGGCUUCACUCUGUUUCAGACCCACGACAACCGAGAGCAUCUGGCCAUGAUGGAGAGAAUCCUGGGCCCGGUUCCCUCCCGGAUGAUCCGCAAGACUCGGAAGCAGAAGUAUUUCUACCGCGGGCGUCUGGACUGGGAUGAGAGUUCGUCUGCAGGGAAAUACGUCCGAGAGAACUGCAAACCCUUACGGGUAAGUGAACGGUACCUGCUGUCGGAGGCGGAGGAGCACCACCAGCUGUUCGACCUGAUCGAGAGCAUGCUGGAGUACGAGCCCGGCCGGAGGCUGACGCUGGCCGACUCCCUCAAACACCCCUUCUUUGAGAGCGGGGGGGUGGGGGACGCCGCCGCCUGCAAGUCCUGGGACAGCAACCGCGACAUCAGCCGGUGACCCCCCGGACGGAGGAAAGCGGAGCCUGAAAGGAAGUUCACGACCGUCUCAUCUGUUCCCUCUUCAUCCGUGGACCGACUGAACUCUGACAUCGGCGCCGGAGCGGGCGGCGCCUCACCUGGAGCCGGCCCUGCAGCCCCGUCUUCCUUUGGACCUUCCUCCUCCCCGAGUGAGAGCGAGAAGACCAGGUUAGGAAGAAAAACCGUCUUCCAGGACUAUGAAAUCAUCACAGAACAUUUUAAAGGCCACGCCCCCGACCGUCUGCUGGUGAGAUGAUUGGCUCUCUGCCUGCAGGAGCCCGGCGUCUUGAUAAAUGUUUUGUUUCUGAAGGUGUAUUCAGAGGUGGGAGGAGGAGCUGCGUUCUGAUUGGUCUGUUCUUCUGGGAUCUUCUCAGUCCCACAUUUAACCUCUUCCUGGUUUGACAUGAAGUUUGUGUUCAGGUGAACCACAGCUCCCCCUGCUGGUAUUUAUUUCUCCUCCUUUAGGUCACGGUGCCCUCUUCUCAUUCUGUACAUUAUUUUUGUUGUUUUUGUAAGAAAUUCAGAGCGUAUAGGAUUGUAUAUAUGUACCAUUGUGUAGAAUUAAAGUCUUCUUGCCUAAAGGCCGCUGGAGCUGCUGGUGGCGCUUUGGGCCUUUGCUCGUUCACCCGGUGUCCCGGUUUGUAAAAAAAAAGCAAAAAAAUUUAUUUUAAAUGACAGGAAAGUGGAAGAAAACAGUUCAGUUCAUCUGAGUUCAUACAUCACUAAAGACACCUUUGAUAUCAGAGUUCUGAUCCGAUAGUUCUGUCCUGGACUGAAGGAUUAUGGGAUUCUUUUUGCCGUCGCUACAAACUCAAAAAAUCACCCAAAUUCCCCCAUUUCCUCAAAUUUGACCAAAAAGUAAAAAAAAAGUCGUAAAUAAUCCAAAGUGGGUGUCAGGAUGAAGUCAUGAAAUCAUCAUGGGAUCUGUUGACCUUUGACCUCAGGAAGGAUCUGCCAUCUUCAUUUUUUUCACAAAACAAAAUCUUCUUUAGUUGCAGCUGAAAAUUUCAGCUCCUUUCAGGAUUCUGAUCAUUGUGUUUCAGCUCCUCCUCAUCGUUAUGAAGCUUUCGGGAAAUCCAUUUUAGUUUGUAGAUUUUUAGCGUGGCGAGCUCGCCAAAGUAGCGUUCCUCUGUUGCUCCAACAAUUUUUACCAGAAUAUCGUGAAAAUCCAACAAUGAUAUGACCAUAGAUAUAACUAUAUAACAGAUAUGAAAUAAAAUAUUUUAAAAAAGCAGGAAUGUGCGCAAAGUUAACAAAAUCCUCCGUUGCUAUGGAAAUCCAAACGUACUUUUGCAGAUUCUUCCAAAAAUGUAGAUCUGUUCGUCACCUCUAGACGACCAAAAAAUAAAAUGGUUGCUAUGGAGAUAAACCAACAGAAAAGCCACCAUGUAGGAAAGUGUAAAUGUAUCUGUUGAUGUUGUUUGGAUCUAAAGUGAGUCUUUGUCAGAAGCACAUUCGACCUCCUCUUAAAGCCGCCGUCGUCUUUCCGUCUUCAGACUUGGGGGCCGGAUCUCCCGACGGCGUUCCGGAGACGUGCUGGAAUGAUCUGCAGCAGCAGGUGUGCAGCGUGCGCGGUCGUGCACGCUCCUCCAUCUGCUGCAGUGGCUGCUGACGCUUUAUUUAGCCGCUCGUGUUGAUUUUCUGUCAGAGUUUCCGAACGUCUCGUUUCUUCUCUGCUCCACCUCCCUGAUCUCCCUGAUCACAGUUUGUGUUUAAACACUGAACUUCACUAAAACGUCUCAAAGACUGGAUCACAGAUCAACAUUGAAUCUGAGAAUAGCACCAAUCUAUUAAUAGAGCAAACUGCAUCAUCUAGUAAAUCAGGAAAUCCUGAAACUUCUAAUUAAGGAAGAUGUUUCUAAGUUCUCCUGAUCUGAUCCAGGACCAUGUUUUCCUGAAUGAACGUUUCAUUCAUCCGAGUGACGCCAGUCAAUGAAAACUUCCCGAGGGCCAAAAAAAACCCAAAUCCAAAUCCUGUGCGUCAUCCGAGGCUUCAUCUGUCACCAGAUCCAGACGACAAACCGGGUCUGGUUUCACUUCAAGUCACUGAAAUAUGAACCAAAAACGUCCAUCUCAGAGUGAUUUCUUCUCCUUCAAUUCAUCUUUGGUCCCUAAAAUCUGUGUUUCAAACCAAAUGUUUACGUGAAACAGUUUACAGGUGCACACUUGUUUGGUUCUUAAUGGGAUGAAGGACAUGUGUGUUGGAGUAAUCCCGCCUUAAGACCAGCGGGGUCAGCAUUUAAUCCCUGUAGGAGCAGACCGGUACAGCAGACGUCGGGUUAUGAACGGAGUCUGAGGAGAAGCGUCCACACAGAUAAAAACCUUAAACGGACCAGAACCAGCCAGCAGGAUGGACUCCUUCAUGUCUCUGGGCUCUCUCAAGCAGUUCACCAGCUGCAUGUCGGGGAAGAGCGCCUCGUCCCAGAGAGGAGGCAAACGGAGCCAGUCGGUCCGCCGGAGCAGCUUCAGCCGCAGGAAGAGCGUCGGCAUCGGCCGGAGGAGGAGCCUCCCCGGCAGCCAGAAAGUCCCGGACUCCUGGCUGAGGGUUUACCAGGAGGAACUGAAGAAGGAGAGGAAACGCCAGCAGGCCAACCUGGCCAAGAAGAACGCCGAGAGGAGCGUGAGGAAGACUCACUUCCGGAGCCACCACUGCCUCCCCAAGCACACGGCGCCCGCCAGGAAACCAGCGGCGGCGAAAGAUGAGUCUUUCUUCGGAGCAUUUCAGGGCCUCACGCUGGACGGACUGAUGGGGGGAACCGGAGCUCCCGCCGCCAGCAGCUCUGCUGCAGGAGAUCCGUGCAAGGUCAUGUGAUCCGGGGUCAUCCGGGUUCAUCCGAGGACGAGAACUCUGGGAGUCUAUGAACUGUAAAAUAAUAUCCUUUUAGGGAAACCAGCAGGACUCUCAUGGAGCUGAAGCUCUUUGCCAAACCUGCAUGUUUCAGGAUGUAGACGCUCAGGAUUGUCAAAAUAAAAGCUUCACUUUA